ACUGCAAAAGUGGACAGGCCAAAACACAACGGCCUAAUCUUAAUGUCACCUUAGCCAAAGAAAAUGGCAGCGAUGGCGCGGCUGCAACUCCUGCACCUUCGGGCUCCCUUCGUCAAAUCCUCUAGAGUCCUAUCUUUUCCUUACUCAACCAAUCUGCGCGCUUCUCAUCGCCGCCAAUUCUCUGGUACUCCGCCUCUCUGCUGCUCUUACUCCUCCUCCGAGAGCUUUCCGGCGUCGAACGGUGGAUCGAGUGCUUCCAUAGUUGGAGAUCUUCUCGACUUCCUCAAUGAAUCCUGGACUCAGUUCCACGCCACUGCUGAAGCAAAAAGACAGCUAAUUGCGGCUGGUUUUCACUUGCUAAAUGAGAAUGAUGAGUGGGACCUGAAGCCUGGAGGAAGAUACUUCUUCACUAGGAAUAUGUCUUGUUUGGUUGCUUUUGCUAUAGGAGAAAAGUACAGUGUUGGUAAUGGCUUCCACGUUAUUGCUGCACAUACUGACAGUCCAUGCCUCAAACUUAAACCAAAAUCAGCUUCAUCCAAAUCUAAUUACCUGAUGGUGAAUGUACAGACUUAUGGAGGUGGUCUGUGGCAUACUUGGUUUGAUAGGGAUUUAAGUGUUGCAGGAAGGGUCAUAGUUAGAACUAGCAAUGGUUCCUUUGUGCAUAAGCUUGUUAAAGUGAAAAGACCUCUUCUACGAGUACCCACACUGGCCAUCCAUCUUAACCGUACAGUGAACACAGAUGGAUUCAAGCCAAACCUAGAGACUCAUCUUGUUCCACUACUUGCAACAAAACCAGAAGAACCAUCUUCAGAAUCAAAAGAGAAGAGCACAUUAUCUUCCAAAGAUGCUCAUCAUCCACUACUUAUGCAGAUUUUGUCAGAUGAGUUGAGUUGUAAUGUGGAUGACAUUGCCAAUAUUGAGUUGAACAUUUGUGACACGCAACCCAGCUGCCUUGGAGGUGCAAACAAUGAAUUCAUAUUCUCUGGAAGAUUAGAUAAUCUUGCUUCAAGUUAUUGUGCUUUGAGAGCUCUGGUUGAUUCAUGCGUGUUGCCUGUGGAUUUAUCAAGUGAACAUGCCAUACGAAUGAUUGCUUUAUUUGACAAUGAGGAGGUUGGUUCAGAUUCAUUCCAGGGAGCUGGUGCACCAACCAUGUUCCAGGCUAUGAGACGCAUUAUUGGUUCCUUAUCUCAUCAGUAUAUUGGUGAAAGUGCCUUUGAUCGUGCAAUUCGCCAAUCUUUUCUUGUAUCUGCUGACAUGGCCCAUGGAGUUCACCCAAAUUUCAUGGAUAAGCAUGAAGAACAUCAUCGACCAGAAAUGCAUAAGGGUCUUGUUAUCAAGCACAAUGCAAAUCAGCGUUAUGCUACUAGUGGAAUUACAGCUUUUCUCUUCAAAGAAGUUGCAAAAAUUCAUAACCUUCCAACUCAGGAAUUUGUUGUAAGGAAUGAUAUGGGAUGUGGAUCCACCAUUGGUCCCAUACUUGCUUCAGGGGUUGGCAUUCGUACUGUUGACUGUGGCAUUGCUCAGCUUUCUAUGCACAGUGUCAGAGAGGUAUGCGGAACAGAAGAUAUAGACAUUGCUUACAAGCAUUUCAAGGCAUUUUACCAAACUUUCUCCAGUAUAGACAGGAGGCUCAUUGUGGACUGAUUGUAAAGUUUAUAUUUAUUAACAUGUCCAUUCAGACAGACAGACAGAGAGAGGUGAAAUUCAUUUUUCUUAUAUAUCUUUAGCUCUUAGAACUUCAUCAUUUAACAAAAAUAUAAAAUAUUUUUCCUAGGAGAUAGAUAUUGGAUGGUAAGAACUAGUAGAGUACUGUGGUUAAAAUAAAUGCUCUCAAUACUUUGCCUCUCUAUGGUUGGCAUGGAACAAAGAGUAGCAAUGUGGAUCUGGUCCAUGAAUUUCAUUUAUAGAAUCAUGGUUUGCUGGACUCAUUAUGUUUUGAGGUGGAAGUGGAAUCUUCGCUAGGGCAUUGACUGGUGCCUGCUUUUGUAAGCUUUUGCUUCAACUCUGACAACAGAACCUGGUUCUCCUGAUUAAGCUGUUGAGCCUUCUUCCUCAGCCGCUCAUUUUCUUGUAUUAUGUGGUAGUUCUGCCAAUAUAGCUGUGAGUUAGCCUUAUCCAUACCUUCUUUUAUGUUGCCCUGAACUCAUGCAAAACAUAGAUGAAAGAAUCAGAAAAAUAGUAAAGUCAGGUGGUAUUCCUGAACUUGUUUUCCAUAAAUGCUUGAAUAUUUAGAGAAUAGUAAAGGAAAAUGAAUUUCAGAAUUUGAUUGAGUUGCACAUAGAUUAUAGUGGCAUGCUAAUUUCGUCUCUUCUCUUCUGGAUCACCGUUUAAGUUGUGUCUUGUGCCACUUAGAAGAACAGCUGGACUUCGGUUUUGGUGAAAGAGGAUAUGAGAAACAAACCUGGAAACCUUGAACUGAGGGGAAAGACAGGAACAAGAGGCAAACCUCUGUCAAAGAAGACCGACGGAAGCUAGAGUUGUGGGUUUGGUUUAAAUAUACUGCAAACACAAUGAGAGGCAGAAACAAGGGUCUGAAAACUGCAGGAUGGGUUGCUCAAAACAACAGACACCCAUAUGCAAAGCCUUCUUGUCUGCCUUUUUCCAGUAGGAGG